GCAUGAGUAGCGAAUUCUUGGCGGAGCUAAAGUGGGAGGAUGGCUUCGCCAUCCCGGUGGCGAACGAAGAGAACAAGCUGCUGGAAGAACAGUUGUCCAAGCUUAAGAAUGAAAGGGCAGACGUGCAAGAUCAGCUACGCGACUGUGAAGAUCGAAUCAACGCUAUGACUGCUCACUUUAAAAAUGUUAAACAAGAAUUCGCCUUCACACAGUCUCUUUGCAAAGCCCGGGAUAAUGAAAUCGCAAGUGAGCAACAUUUUAAGGCCAUUGCUGAAAGAGAAUUGGGCCGAAUGAAGGAUGAAAUCCACCGGAUGGAAAAUGAGAUGGCUUUGAUACGAGAAAGGAAAAAUGAUAAAGAAAACAUCAUAUUUAAAACGACUCAAAAAAUGGAUAGUUUGAAGUGUCAAAUGAACUGGGACCAGCAAGCGCUGGAGGCCUGGCUAGAAGAAUCAGCUCACAAGGACAGUGACACGCUCACCCUUCAGAAGUACGCCCAGCAGGAUGAUAGCAAGAUCAGGGCACUGACCCUACAAUUAGAAAGACUGACUAUGGAAUGUAAUCAGAAAAGAAAGUUACUUGACAGUGAACUUACGGAGACUUUAAGUGCCCAGUUAGAACUGGAUAAAGCAGCACAGGAUUUUCGUCAGAUACACACCGAAAGACAAGACCUCAUUAAACAGUGGGAGAACACAAUAGAACAAAUGCAAAAAAGGGAUCAAGACAUAGAUAACUGUGCCAUGGAAUUAUCCAGGAUAAAGCAGGAAACAAGAGAAAAAGAAAGUUUGAUUAAGGAGAAGAUCAAGUUUUUGGAGAAUGAGAUUGGGAAUAAUGCAGAGUAUGAGAAAAGAAUCUCUGCUGCUGAUCGUAAAGUGCUAAAAUAUCGGAUGGAAUAUCAGCGUCAUGAAAUGAACAGAAAUCAGAUGAAGGAUGAACUGGAUUGUUUAAGAAACACUGUGAGUAGAAGUUCCAGUGAUUUAGGAGCUAUGAGGAAAACUAUUUCAAAAGUAAAGAAGGACUUCUGUGAUGAGAACAAAAGGUUAGACCAACUGAAAAGUCAGAAUCAGAAUCUGAGUAGAAGGUUAAGUGAGAUAACUGAGAAAACGAUGUCUGUAGAAGAGAAAGCCACCAACAUGGAAGAUAUGUUAAAGGAGGAAGAAAAAAGUAUCAAGGAAGUGGAAGUCCAAUUGAACAUACUGAAAGAGGGGCUAUUUAAGAAAGUUCAGGAAUUUCAGACCGAGACAAUGAAAGAAAAAUCUGUUGUCUCAGAAAUUGAAGGAACUCGCUCCUCUCUAAAGCAUCUCAACCAUCAGUUACAUAAACUGGACUUUGAAACUUUGAAGCAGCAAGAAAUUAUGUACAAUCAGGACUUCUACAUUCAACAAAUAGAGCGGCGGAUGUCACGAUUAAAAGGGGACAUUAAUUCUGAAGAGAAACACACCCUUGAGACAAAAAUUGGUGAACUUAAAAAGGCGUUGGAAGAGAAACAAUCCACAUGUGGCCUUUUACAAGCACAGAUCAAGAAGCUUCAUAAUGACCUUUACUUUAUCAAGAGGUCCAACAGUAAAAGCUGUGAUGAAAAAGAAUCUCUCCAGACCAAAAUAAAUGAACUAAACUUUUUUAUGGACAGAUCGGAAAAAGAACUAAGUAAAGCCAAAGCUUACAAACAGGAUUUGAUGAUAGAUGACAAUCUUUUAAAACUUGAAGUCAAACGUACUCGAGAACUGCUUCACAACAAGGCAGAAGAAGUGCUUUCCCUGGAAAAAAGGAAACAGCAAUUGUACACAGCGAUGGAAGAACGAACCGAAGAGAUUAAGGUUCACAAAACAAUGCUCGCGACACAAAUACGCUAUGUGGAUCAAGAGCGGCAAAACAUCAGUGCUGAGUUUCAUGACCGGCUAAGUAAAAUCGAUAAACUGAAGAACAGAUAUGAAAUUCUGACUGUGGUGAUGCUGCCUCCCGAAGGAGAAGAGGAGAAAACACAGGCCUAUUAUGUCAUCAAGGCUGCUCAAGAAAAAGAGGAACUUCAAAGAGAAGGUGACAGUUUGGAUGCCAAGAUCAACAAAGCGGAAAAAGAGAUCUAUGCUCUAGCAAACACCUUGCAAGUGCUGAACAACUGCAACAAGAAUUACAAACAGUCUUUUAAAAAAGUGACGCCCUCCAGUGAUGAGUAUGAGCUAAAGAUCCAACUAGAGGAACAAAAGAGAGCUGCUGAUGAAAAAUACAGACACAAACAGAGACAAAUCAGAGAGCUUCAGGAAGAUAUCCAGAACAUGGAAAAGACUUUACAAGUUAUAGGCAAUUUAACAAAUAAUAUCCAGGAAAAAAUAUUGGAAAAGAAGGCUUAUUCAUUUCAACUAAAUAGAGAAAUUGAGGAGCAGAAGCCAAAAUUAGACAGAGCAACUAAACAGUGUUCAAAACUCACCAAGGAAAUCCGCCUUACAAGACACACUACACAUGAAAUAUUAGAAGAAAAAGACAUCAUGUUUCGUGAAGUGAAACAAUUUCACAAGAUGAUUGAUAAGAUGUUGAUUGAUGUGAUAGAACAAAAUCCUGAUAUCCAUUUUGUCCUUCAAACAUAUUUUCAACAGAAUGGUUUAGAACUACCUACAGCCAGCAGCAGCAAAGGGAGUGGCCAGAGUUCUAGAGCUUCUUCACAGGCUUCUGUGCUGUCAGCAAAGUCAUCUAGGAGUGCCACAAGCACUUCUGCUUUACAGGCUCCGGUUAAAAUACUGGAGCUGAAAUUCCCGGACUCCCCUCCAGUAGCAGAUGGCACUUCGAGGCCAGGCAGUGCUAGCAGUAGCUCCAGUAAUGGUAAAAGCAAAAAGAGCAACAAGUAAAUAGAUCUAUUUUUUGAUCAAUUUAUUAAAGAACGUCAAAGGGGAAAAUUUCACUCUCUCCUGGAGUCAUAAUGAAAAAUAUUAGAAACAAAUACCAGAUACAAAUUUUAGCCAGGA